AUGCCUGGGAAGCUGAAGGUGAAAAUCGUGGCCGGGCGCCAUUUGCCGGUGAUGGACCGAGCUAGCGACCUGACCGAUGCCUUCGUGGAGGUAAAAUUUGGUAAUACCACCUUUAAAACAGAUGUGUAUCUCAAGUCCCUCAACCCUCAGUGGAACUCAGAAUGGUUUAAAUUUGAGGUGGAUGAUGAAGAUUUACAAGAUGAACCUCUACAGAUCACAGUUCUUGACCAUGAUACUUACAGCGCCAAUGAUGCCAUCGGCAAAGUGUACAUUGAUAUCGAUCCUUUACUCUACAGUGAAGCCGCGACAGUCAUCUCAGGAUGGUUUCCCAUUUAUGACACCAUACAUGGUAUUCGUGGGGAAAUCAAUGUAGUUGUCAAAGUAGACCUCUUCAAUGACUUAAAUCGAUUUAGGCAGUCAUCAUGUGGAGUCAAAUUCUUUUGCACAACAUCUAUUCCAAAGUGCUAUAGAGCUGUAAUAAUUCAUGGAUUUGUAGAAGAACUUGUGGUUAAUGAAGACCCAGAAUAUCAGUGGAUUGAUAGAAUUCGAACACCAAGGGCAUCAAAUGAGGCCAGACAGAGACUCAUCUCUUUAAUGUCAGGUGAACUGCAGAGGAAGAUUGGCUUGAAAGUGCUUGAGAUGAGAGGAAAUGCGGUUGUUGGGUACUUACAGUGUUUUGAUCUGGAAGGCGAAUCUGGUUUAGUGGUACGAGCCAUAGGAACAGCGUGUACACUGGAUAAAUUAAGUAGCCCAGCAGCAUUCCUUCCUGCAUGUAAUUCCCCAUCCAAAGACAUGAAGGAGAUUCCCUUCAAUGAAGAUCCCAACCCCAAUACUCACUCAUCAGGACCCUCCACCCCUCUGAAAAACCAAACUUAUUCCUUUUCACCUUCCAAGUCCUACAGCCGACAGUCCUCUUCUUCUGACACAGAUUUGAGUUUGACACCCAAAACUGGAAUGGGAAGUGGUAGUGCUGGAAAAGAAGGGGGGCCAUUUAAAGCUCUUUUAAGACAACAGACGCAGUCAGCAUUGGAACAGAGGGAAUUUCCGUUUUUUACCUUGACGGCAUUUCCUCCCGGAUUUCUUGUGCAUGUUGGGGGCGUUGUUAGUGCACGCUCUGUGAAGCUUUUGGAUCGUAUCCACAAUCCUGAUGAACCAGAAACUCGAGAUGCGUGGUGGGCAGAAAUCAGACAAGAAAUAAAGUCACAUGCUAAAGCAUUAGGCUGUCAUGCUGUAGUGGGCUACAGUGAAUCGACUAGCAUCUGUGAAGAGGUCUGUAUUUUAUCUGCAUCUGGCACAGCAGCUGUACUGAACCCUAGAUUUCUACAGGAUGGCACCGUGGAGAGCUGUUUGGAACAGAGGCUAGAAGAAAAUUUGCCUGCAGGCUGUGGAUUUUGCCAUAUACCAUAUGAUGAACUGAAUAUGCCAUUUCCAGCUCAUCUCACAUAUUGCUAUAACUGUAGGAAACAAAAAGUUCCUGAUGUUCUCUUUACAACUAUAGACCUCCCAACAGAUGCAGCAGUUAUUGGGAAAGGUUGUCUCAUUCAAGCAAGGUUAUGUCGCUUAAAAAAGAAAGCACAGGCAGAAGCAAAUGCCACAGCUAUCAGUAAUCUGUUGCCAUUUAUGGAAUAUGAAGUCCAUACUCAGCUAAUGAAUAAACUAAAACUCAAAGGAAUGAAUGCUUUAUUUGGACUGAGAAUUCAGAUCACAGUGGGUGAAAAUAUGUUGAUGGGCUUAGCGUCGGCCACAGGUGUAUAUUUAGCAGCAUUACCAACGCCUGGUGGAAUUCAGAUUGCUGGGAAGACUCCUAAUGAUGGCGGCUCCUACGAACAGCAUGUAUCUCAUAUGCAAAAGAAGAUAAAUGACACGAUCGCUAAGAAUAAAGAGUUAUAUGAAAUAAAUCCUCCAGAGAUAUCUGAAGAGAUUAUAGGAUCACCCAUCCCAGAACCUCGACAACGCACAAGACUCUUAAGAUCUCAAUCAGAAAGUUCUGAUGAAGUUACAGAAUUGGACCUUUCGCAUGGGAAAAAAGAUGCUUUUGUUUUGGAGAUUGAUGACACAGAUGCUAUGGAAGAUGUACAUUCUCUUCUUACUGAUGUUCCUCCUCCUUCAGGCUUUUAUAGUUGCAAUACAGAAAUUAUGCCUGGCAUAAAUAAUUGGACAUCUGAAAUACAGAUGUUCACAUCAGUAAGAGUAAUCCGAUUAAGCAGCCUUAACCUGACAAAUCAAGCCCUUAAUAAGAACUUUAAUGAUCUCUGUGAAAAUUUGCUCAAGAGCCUGUAUUUUAAACUACGGUCUAUGAUCCCCUGCUGCCUUUGCCAUGUAAAUUUUACAGUAUCUCUUCCUGAAGAUGAAUUAAUUCAGGUUACAGUCACAGCCGUUGCAAUAACUUUUGAUAAAAAUCAAGCUUUACAGACGACAAAAACACAGGUUGAAAAAUCAUUGCAAAGAGCCUCUACAGAUAAUGAAGAACUUCUGCAGUUUCCACUGGAACUCUGUUCAGAUUCACUUCCUUCUCAUCCUUUUCCACCAGCUAAAGAACACCUGGAGAGUGCAAGUUCUAACUCAGGUAUACCAGCUGUACAGAGAGCAACGUCAGUUGAUUACAGUUCCUUUGCAGACAGAUGCAGCAGCUGGAUAGAGCUCAUUAAACUGAAAGCUCAGACCAUAAGGCGCGGAUCAAUUAAGACAACUGUGACAGUUGAAAAAGCAAGUCCAAUGGGUGAAGGAAAUUUCCGGAAUCGUUCUGUUCCACCUUGUGCAAAUUCUACAGUUGGGGUUGUUAAGAUGACACCUCUUUCUUUCAUUCCUGGAGCAAAAAUAACAAAGUAUCUUGGGAUAAUUAACAUGUUUUUUAUUCGGGAAACCACUUCUCUACGUGAGGAAGGAGGAGUCAGUGGUUUUCUUCAUGCUUUUGUCGCUGAGGUGUUUGCAAUGGUGAGAGCUCAUGUUGCUGCAUUAGGAGGGAAUGCUGUUGUCUCCUACAUCAUGAAGCAGUGUGUCUUCAUGGAGAACCCAAAUAAGAACCAGGCACAGUGUCUUAUAAAUGUGAGUGGUGAUGCGGUGGUUUUUGUCCGAGAAUCUGAAUUAGAAAUGGUAACAUCUCAGCCGUCUACUGCCAACUGCCAGUCGUCGUGUCCGGGAGGAGAAGUGACAACUUGA